AUGGGCUCCACGGAUAAAGCGUGCAACGACCUCUUCGACAUCAUCAUAGUCGGCGCCGGUAUCUCUGGCAUCAAUGCCGCCUAUCGAAUCCAGACCGAGCUACCAUCAGCCAGCUACACCAUUCUCGAAGCGCGCGGCGGCAUAGGAGGCACAUGGGAUCUCUUCCGGUAUCCAGGCUUCCGCUCCGACUCCGACCUCUACACCUUCGGCUUUGCGUGGCGGCCAUGGGCAGAGCAAAAAGUCAUCGCGGACGGCGAUUCCAUUCGCAAGUACAUCCGCGAGUCCGCUGCAUUGUACGGUAUCGAUCAGAAAGUGAAAUUCCACCGCAAGCUGGUCUCGGCCAACUGGUCCUCGGACCAACAAACCUGGGCUUUACUUGUCGAUGAAGAGGGUCGAAAAACACACUUUUACGCACGCUUCAUCAUCCUUGGUACCGGAUACUACGACUAUGACGAAGCUUUGAGCAGCCAUAUACCCGGUAUCGAGGCAUUCACCGGGACUGUCGUCCAUCCCCAGUUCUGGCCCGAAGAUCUCGACUACAAGGACAAGAAAAUCAUCGUCGUCGGCAGUGGCUCAACGGCCAUAACUCUGAUCCCCUCGCUCGCAGAAACAGCUUCCCAUGUCAUUAUGCUGCAACGGAGCCCUAGCUAUAUCCUCGCGCUGCCAGCGAUCGAUCCCUUCGGGCACUGGGCCCAAAAGCUCCUCCCAGACUGGAUAGCUUACCGCAUCACACGGCUAAAAUUCUUAAUCCUAGGCUUCCUCUUCAUAAAAUUUUGCACAUUCUACCCACUCGCGGCCCGGAACCUGAUCAAACGGGCCACCCUGAAAGAGCUACCGGACAACAUACCACACGACCCUCAUUUCUCACCGCGCUACAACCCGUGGGAGCAGCGCCUGUGUCUCUGCCCCGACGGCGACUUCUUCCGCGCCAUGCGCGCCGGCAACGCCUCCGUCGUCACCGACACCAUCACCACCGUGACGGAAACAGGCGUUCGGCUAGCCUCAGGCCAGACGCUUGACGCCGACAUCAUAGUCACAGCGACGGGGCUGAAGCUGAAAAUUGCAGGCGGAGCACGUAUCUCCGUGGACAACGUUCCCGUUACCAUUGGCGAAAAGUUCCUCUGGAAAGGCGUGAUGCUGCAGGACGUGCCGAACGUGGCGACCGUGAUUGGGUACACGAAUGCAUCGUGGACGCUCGGCGCUGACGCGACGGCACUGCUGGUGACCAGGCUGCUGAAGUCUAUGAAGGCCAAAGGGGUGACUUCAGCAGUGCCGCGACGGGAGCAUAUCGAAGGCAUGAAGUCUGUGCCGGCACUGAAUCUCUCGUCGACAUACGUGGUGAGGGGAGCAAAGGAGCUGCCGAGGACGGGAGAUAAGGCGCCGUGGAUGCCGAGGAGCACGUAUUUUUCCGAUCUGUGGGGUGCGAAGUUCGGAAACAUUACGGAUGGGUUGCAGUUUGAGAAAGUCUCCACGUAA